AUGCUUGCGAGCAAGAGGCCUCCUCACCAGAUGCCAACCUUUUCUCCUCGACAGGUCGGCAAGAAUGAGAUCUGGACGGAACACGUCCGGAAGGAGAUGGCCAUAGCGGCGAGCGGGUGCAAGAAGAAGUACACCUCCAACCCCUUCCCCAGCCUAGAGAUGAACAACGGGCUCGGGACGAGAUCCUACUUGCACACCGAGAAGGUUGGGCACAACUUUCGCCUCAACCAUGACAUGGAGGGAGAGGAGGAGGAUGCUGUCAACUGCGGCAAGGUGCCGAGGUCAAAGUAUGCGGCGCCGCAGUCCUCGGCGCAAGAAGUGGGCUGGUACAUCGAGCCUCUCGUGCCGCCCAACCCGCGCUUCAACCACAAGCUUGUGCUCGGCGACGCGACGAAAUUCGCCGAGAACUACUCGUUAAAGAGCGCCGGUGAGAACGCUUGCAUCGGGUCCUGGUUGCGAGAGUCGCGCGAUCCCGUUGUGUCACUCCGCCUGCUAUGGUGCCUGUCAGGCGAGCACAUGUUCCACGGGAAGUCUGGCAAGUACUUGCGGUUCUGA